AUGGCCCUCAUCUGCUGCAAUACCAUCAUCCUGUUUAACUGCAGCUGUAGCGCUUCAGCCGGAAAACUCCUAUCGCCCUGUUGGACCAGAACAGUGUUGCUCCCUGACUGGGCCUACAAACCAGCCUGGUCUCCGGGUUCCAGGCAGGUCCAGCUGUGGCACUUCUUGCUGGAGCUGCUGGGGCGAGGCGAGGGCGGGGCCAUCGGCUGGGGAGGGGAGUGGGGUGAGUUCAUCAUCCGGGACCCCGACAGGCUGGCCAGGCUGUGGGGGGAGAGGAAGGGCAAACCACACAUGAACUAUGACAAGCUCAGCCGGGCGCUCAGAUAUUACUACAACAAACGUAUCCUGCACAAGACCAAAGGAAAACGUUUCACCUACAAGUUCAACUUCAGCAAACUCAUCCUGGUCAACUAUCCCGGAUACCCACUACCACUGCCACCACCACCACCACCCGGCCAUCAGCUGGUUCAGAGCAGGUCUCUUCCCUUCCCUCUCCUCCCAGCUAAGAGCGAGCUUCCUCUGUGUGGAGGAGCCGGGUCAGUGAUGGACAGAGCGGUCCAGCCUGUGCCUCACCCCUUUUUGCUCCCAUGCUUCCUCUCUAAGCCGAUCCCAAUGCCCCCAUCUCUUCGCUGCCCCUUCCCCUUCAUCUCUGGCCCUGCACAUUCAGAAGCCAACCUGACAGAGCCCAGAGAGUUGGGCCUCACCCCCUUGCAUCAGCGCUCCAUGUCAGUGCAGAUGGCUGGCCGCUCAAGAGCCCUGCAGGGUGGAAUCUGACCCACAUCAGUCACAACCUGUUUGUUUGAGUAAAGCAGACUGAAAUUCAAGUAGAAGAGAGGAGAGCAGGGAGUGAUGUACAGAUGGGUGGAAGAGAAUGAAGAGGAGGAACAAACUACAACAGAUGGACCACUUUGACUGCUCAGAUCUCUCAAAUACAUUUUGUAUUUUUUGAGCUCAUUAGUUUUUUAUUCAUUGUCUGUGGUUUAAAAUAUACAAGGUUUGUAUUUAUUUAAUUGGAAUAUAUUGUGUUAUUGUAAACAGAAAUAUUAAGAAACCCUGCUUUUCUUCUGUCAGCACUUCACACCACAGUAGCAGGGUAUCAAUUAACAACCACACACUUGUGUUUGAGUCAAUAAAGCAGUGUA